AAGCACCCGUGAUGAAACGUGAUCCUGCUUGUUCAUCCCUGUAACGUGUGCAGGUCUUGGGCGUCCCUCCACCGUCGAUGAUUCGGGCUUCCCCGCUGAAAACAACCUACUUCGAUGAAUGCAACAAACCGCGGGUCGUGUUGGAUUACAAGUGGUACCUGAAGCCUCCGGGCAGCGUCAAGUUGAAGAGACGGCUGAAUGCGAGCAAUGAGGACUUCAUCGACUUUAUUCGGCAAUGCCUCACGUGGGAUCCAGAGCAGCGAAUGAGCCCUGACAAGGCAAUGGACCACCCGUGGAUUCGGUCAACGAAGAACUUUUAGAGGCUCUCGGAGAGAGGCCGCGUUGCCAAACA